UCUGUCCUCUCCUCCUCUCUCUAUCCGGUUAUGGAGGUCUGCUAAAAAGACAUUUAAACGCAGCUGCCCACAAAUCUACGAGAAUCCUCCAGUUGGGAACCAGAAAACCAAACUUUUUUAAAACACAUAGCUCAAGAUGCCAGUGGCUGUAGGUCCAUAUGGCCAGACCCAGCCCAGCUGUUUCGACCGGGUCAAAAUGGGCUUCAUGAUGGGGUUUGCAGUGGGAAUGGCUGCUGGCGCCAUGUUCGGCACUUUUUCCUGUCUCAGGAUCGGCAUGCGCGGCAGGGAGCUGAUGGGAGGAGUGGGAAAGACCAUGAUGCAGAGCGGGGGGACGUUCGGCACGUUUAUGGCCAUCGGUAUGGGAAUCCGCUGCUGAGGUGGACGAGGAACAUCCUCCUCCAUCUAUACACAAUCCUACAGCCAUGGGACUUUUCCAGUAACUCCAGCUCUCUGUCUGCUCGAUGCUGUCGCACUCUCAACCGCAGUCUAGUUUUGUCAAUAAAAGUUCAGAUUUGUCAAAAUGGU